AUUUUCCUGCUGAUGGGUGAUCCCUUUUCCUUCCUUCUUUCCAAAAUCCAAAACUUUUUGCCUCCUUGCCAACUUAAAUCAAAGCUUCUUUAGCUUUCUUCAGUCUUCCAUGGCAGUCUCGGUUUAAAUUCAGCAAAGACCAAUUCAGUUGAAAAGAAACUCACCUUGAAACAAAUAUAUAUAUAUAUAUAUAUAUAUAUAUACAGAGAGAGAGAGAGAGAGGAGCAUUGAGUAUUCUUUCCUAGUGUCUUGUUUUGGUUGUUAAAAUGAGCAGCGGAGGAGGAGCUAAUGCAAGUAAAGCAGCCACAGCAGCAGUGUCGAUGGCGGCAGCCUUGGCAUCGGCUACGAAGUUCAUCAAGUGUGUGACAGUUGGAGAUGGAGCUGUUGGGAAAACCUGCCUACUUAUUUCCUACACCAGCAACACCUUCCCCACUGAUUAUGUUCCAACUGUUUUUGACAACUUCAGUGCCAAUGUGAUGGUUGAUGGUCAGACUGUGAACUUGGGCCUAUGGGAUACUGCCGGUCAAGAGGACUACAACCGGCUCAGGCCUCUGAGUUACAGAGGCGCCGAUGUUUUCAUACUCGCCUUCUCCCUCAUCAGUAGGCCGAGUUUCGAAAACAUCUCCAGAAAAUGGGUCCCAGAGCUCAGACAUUAUGCCCCCUCAGUCCCCAUUAUACUAGUGGGAACAAAAUUAGAUCUCAGGGAGGACAAAGAGUUCCGCUUGAGUUAUCCGGGUGCAAGCACUAUUUCACCGGAGCAGGGCGAGGAGCUAAAGAAGCAAAUAGGUGCAUUGGCAUACGUGGAAUGCAGCUCGAAGACACAGCAGAAUGUGAAGGCUGUCUUCGAUACUGCAAUCAAGGUUGUGCUCCAUCCACCGAAAUCUAAAGGCCGACCAAGAAAAUUUAGAAUUUGCAGAAUCCUUUGAAGGAUCCUCGAGUAAUCCAUGCACACCGAUCAACCGCCGAGCAGCGCCUCUACUGUCAUCCCUGCAAAAAUUCCUUUUUUUACAUUAUCAUGUUACUCUCUGAUAUGAUCGUUCGCAAGUCUUUCAAAAGAGUUUUCUUUUUAUUGGCUCUCA